UCCUUGCAACUUUACCAUCUCAACAAUUGCAAGGGUAUAAUGCAGUUCGCUGGACAAUUUUGCAGCAACGGGUAAGGAAAAGGGAUGAAUUCACAGGGAACAAGAGUAGAUAUUGAAUCAGGGAGACUACAUGGAAGAAGGGAUGUCUCAGCCGCUUGUCUUAUUUCAUUCAUCUGUAACUGUAAGGGGUUUGAGUUGCUUUUUAACCCUAAGAAACGUGCACUCGCGGCGCUCUUCGCUAUUCUGGAAGCAAUUUCAUUUUAUUUGGAUAGAUUUGUGGAAAGCCGGCUGAGUAUCCGUAUUGUUGCAUGUCUGUUAUCGGUACUUGGUUUACUGGUGAUCGUUUGGACUCUUUUCAUGGAAAGAAAUUCCAUGGCAAAUAGAGUAGUGGCGAAGAAGGUACUUUGGGCGUUGGAGAUUGGCUUCGGAGUAGCCCAAUUGAUUAAUUCAUUUAUGAUACUUGUGGGUAGCAAUAUCAUGAACAAAUAUAUGUCAUCAAUUUUGCUGCUGUUUUUUGUCGUGAUUUCUUAUGGGUCCACUUUCAUAACAGAUGAAGAAGGUUCUGAUACGUAUGGCCUCGAAAACAGUAUUUCGUCAAUUGAAUUUCUGCGUAAUCCAAAUGAGAUUGAUGAACGUUCGGAUCUUUCAAAUACUCCAAAUGAGAUCGGUGAACAUUCGGAUCUUGCAAAUACUUCUAACAAGAUAAGUAGCCCUUUCAUAUUCCCUCGCCGAAAACGUUCUGUAAGACCGCGGUUGUAUCUUUCUAUCGACUCAGACUCUGAAUAGAAAAUUUUGGUUCUUGGUGUUGGUUAUAGAAAUAUAAAAUGUCAGAAACGGUGUCAUCUUGGUGUUAGAGAUGUGCUGCUAAAAUAAAGCCUUGCCGUUUUAUGUUUAGCUUAUAUUUAGCUUAAGUAAAAAUGUUGUACAAAAAGGGAAGAAUCUUUCCCAACUGUAAUCAGUUCAGUUGAGUAUACAAUUUCGUUUGUGCCUCUUUCAAUUAUUCUCCCUCAAUUCUCUCAUUAUCUCACACUUAUAUGCAUAAAAUUUGUAGCGCUCGUGCUUGGACCUUUCUUGGGGGUAGAAG